AUGUCGGAUGAUGGCACAAUCAAGGAGCAGGAUAAUGUUGAUUUCUGUACUUUAGGAAUGCUCAUUAUAGAUGAAAUUCACUUCGAGGGUUCCCGACCGCCAGUUUAUGGCAUUCUCGGAGGAGCAGGGUCUUUCGCUGUCCUAGGAGCCCGCAUGGUUGCUGGCAAGCAGUACGGGAAGGCCGUGAGCUGGAUUGUCGAUGUUGGAUCGGAUUUUCCUGCAGACGUGAUAAACACCAUUCAAACAUGGGACACGGGCUGUGUCAUUAGAGAGGAUAAAAGCCGUCUGACAACUCGAGCAUGGAAUGGAUACGGCGCAAACGAGAAAAGAGAUUUCAAAUACCUAACUCCGAAACUACGACUAGAGCCGUUCAUGCUCUCACAAGCGCAGAUAUUCUCGAAAACUUUCCAUAUGGUUUGCUCCUCUGAGCGAUGUAUCCAUAUCGUAGAGGAAAUCCUUCACAAGAGGGAAGAGUUGCAGAACCACAGCACGUCAAUUCAAUCUGUGACAAAACCAAUAUUCGUCUGGGAACCUGUUCCAGAUCGAUGUACACCCGAAGACCAAGACAAGUUCCUGGCUGCCUCCCGCAUGGUCGAUAUAGUCAGUCCCAACGAGCUCGAGCUGGGAAUGAUGUUUGGACGCCCGGGCUGGAAUGAAGCAGACCCGGAAGAUCGCAAGCUAGUUCAAAAGAUUUUACAUUCGGGAAUUGGCUUCGACAAGCAGGGCACUCUGGUCAUUAGAGCAGGGAAAGAUGGAAGCUACUCUUAUUCAUUAGGUCGAAAAGGAACCUGGCUUCCAGCAUACCACGAAACGCAGGCUGACCAGGCCUCCAAAGUGAUCGACCCGACUGGUGCUGGAAAUUCGUUCCUUGGAGCAUUAGCUCAAGGUAUGAUUAGUGAAGGGCGACAAGGGCACCAAAUUAUUGAAACAACUUUGGCAGCUUCCAGCCCAUGGGAUAAAAUCAAGACCAGAUGGGGCAAUGACGGCCAAGUGCCAAAGGCCGUGAUCUGUGCUACUGUAGCUGCGGGAUUUGUUGUGGAGCAAAUUGGCGUGCCUACUGUAUCAAUGGCAGAGGAUGGAAGAGAGACAUGGAACGGGACUGAAUUCACAGAACGACUCCGUAUUUAUACACAGCGAUUAUGUAAAACGCUCGAACAGUCUUCCUCAGACCAUGACUGGCUGGAAGACUAA